AUCAUCAAAUAAAAUGGAUAACCGAAAUAAAAGAAACGCUUCACGUACCGCUACCGGGCUCAGCGGCAGUAUGGUGCCGUUUUCAUUGAUGACUCUGCGCGAGAUGGAUGACAUAGAGGCCAAGGGGCAGGACGCCUCCGUGGACGCGUACGAGGCGAGCACUCGUGCCUGGCGCAACCAAUUCAAGAAUCCCAAUCUGGUCCCCAAUCCCAUUGGAAUGGAGUUCUCGAGCCAGCGCCGCCUAUCUGAGGGAUCUUCGGUGGGCACUAUUAGCCACUACUCGGAGAACGAUAAUUCCCCGGCAGCCACUCCUCAGCGCGCUGUCUCGGCCGAAUCUGACUGUCUGGUCGUCUCGGACCACGAUAAUCAAACACAGGGUCGCUCCCGUACCUCGGACACCUCCUUGUCCCGGAGCUUCCGCAUCUAAGCGGAGUCCAGUCGCGAAGCCAACUGUCGCACGGAUGCUCUGUAGAGCUGACCGUUUUUAUGGAGCGUAGUCGGUGCCUUCUCAUCUUUCUCUGUGCGGAAUUAAAUGUGCAUUUCAUGUUGUUUUAUUUGA